AUGGGGCUCACCAAAGCUUACAACUCGCCAGGCCUGUCCUUCGAGCUUGACACCCCAGCAUUGCUGUACUAUUCUCCCGGCGACCUGAUCAGUGGGCAGGUCGUACUAAACACCACCGAUCAGGCUGCCAUCGGCAGCGUGACCGUCUCGUUCUGGGGUCGUGCAAAGUCCCACAUCAUUCAACAAUACGGGCAGUCGGGCACCUCGGAGCGCGGCCGGACGCAGUUCUUCCAACAGAACAAGAUCCUCUAUACUGGCCAUUGCACCCACAAACCUAGCUUCCUCAGUUGGCCGUUUGAAUUCGUCGUCCCCGACCAAGCCGACCCUGUAUGCAUCCGCAGUGGUAAAGCAUGGAAGAUCCAAGAGAAUUACACGUCCACGCAAGUUCGAGAUCUCGACUUGAAUCUCCUACCGUCCAUGUUCCAAGGGCUCACAGCACCGCCCCAGCAGCAAUAA